AUGCGUGGGCGCGGUUUCUUCCCCCGAUCUGGUGGUAGUAGUGGUGGCGGUGGGGGCACUGGCUCACUGACUGGAUCUUCUGCCCUCGUAUCUGUGUCCGGGUCUUCAGGCAGUCUUCUGGGCCCAGUCUGUUCGGUCAGUUCUGCGAGUGGUCCAGGUGGUACCGGUGGAAAUUCAGGUAGUUUACCAAGUGGGCUCGGGAGUAACUUGAAUCUUGGAAUAGGUCUGACCGGGUCAGCAAGUUGCCUUGUUUCAACAGUACCUGGCUCCGCCGCCUCUGGUCGACCUGGAGUUGUAGAUGUAUUCCGUUCGCGAGCUCCCAAUACCAGCCGGCCACCCAGCAUGCAUGUGGAUGAUUUCAGCAAACUCGAAGAUGAGGCUGCUUCUGGCUUGGUAGAGGUCAGUCUAGCCAACUCCAUUCAGUUGCUUAGUCUUUAA